AUGACAAACUGCCAAUUAGGGAAUGCGAUUGCUCCACACGUGCUUAGGCAGAGAGUGGGUCAGAAGUUGGAGCAGAAAAAUCCUCUCAACGGCGCUGAAAUAAGCCUCCCCUCUCCCAUGGCUGCCGAUAAUAAAGGCGCUGUCCAUCUCGAAGGAGGACUGUCAAAGCCUCCUUCUCACGUACCCAACGUUGAGACAAUAAUCGGCGACGCCAAGGAGAAGGUGAUGAAUCGGAGGCACCAGCAACAGGGCCAUCGCCGCCGUUACUCUAACCUGCCUAUUGAACGUGCUCAACCGCAAGACUCAAAGGGCAGCCAAAAAGGUCCUCAACAACCAAACAUUCUCAAUUAUGCACCACCUCGAGGCUCUGGAAUGCAAGCUGUUUUUCUUGAUACCUGGAAAAGGCCGCCCGGCACCGGAGUUUUUUUCCCUCAAAAUGCUGACGAAAAUUCCAGUCCCCACAGGAAAUUAGGUUCUCAUGUGGCUCUGGUUCCUAUCCGUGUAAUUGAGGCACUCAACAUGAAAGGACAUACAUUGGGCCCAAAAGUAGCUGAUCAGCGAGAAAACAAUGACAAUGACAAUGACGAUGCCAAAGACGACGAUCGCGAUUCAAUCAAAAGCAAUGAAGGCAAUGAGAAAUCGACACACCGGUGCGCGCUCUCUCAGAGUGAAUAUAUAUCACCAGAGAUAUUUCUUCCCGAGGAAUGGACUUACUAG